CGUGCGUGACAUUGAGGAUACCAUUGGAAAAUUGAAACAACAACUGGAUGAGGUUCACAGUGAUAAAUUGUCAGCGGAGGACCUGCUAAAAAUGGCUGAGGCACGGCUGGACUCUGAGGCUGACUGUCAGAAGAGGAUGCGGAAAAAGCUGGAAAAACUGAGAGUUGAGCGAUUUGAGCUGGUUGAGGUGAGUAUUCUAAUUGUUGCAACAAUAAACAUCACCUCAGCUUUAUUGUUUGGGGGGGAAGGGUAUUGGCCUCCUCUCCGAACCACGCACGAUACUCACAUUUUGAAGGGAAUGUAA